GUGCAGCCUUUUUCCCUAGAUCCUUCGCGCUACUCCGUCCAGUCCCGCCUAGUCUCUGCUGCCCAGGACCUUUUAGGCUUGUCUUGGCCCCUUUGAAGAUCCGGAAGUUGAUAAAUCGUGAAGCUCGCUGUUGAAAGACGGUGGCUCGGGUGGGACAGUCGCCAGGGAUGGCGGAGCGUGAGAAUGGAGCGGGUGUCCGGGCUGCUUUCCAGGACGCUGAACAGAGUCCUGUGGCUCUCCGGCCUCUUUGAGCGCCGAGCUGCCCGGCAGCCCCGGAUCAUGGAAGAGAAAGCGCUAGAGGUUUAUGAUUUGAUUCGAACUAUCCGGGACCCAGAGAAGCCCAAUACUUUAGAAGAACUGGAAGUGGUAUCAGAAAGUUGUGUGGAGGUUCAGGAGAUAAAUGAAGAAGACUAUCUGGUUAUCAUCAGGUUCACACCAACAGUACCUCAUUGCUCUUUGGCGACUCUUAUUGGGCUGUGUUUAAGGGUAAAACUUCAGCGGUGUUUACCAUUUAAACAUAAGUUGGAAAUCUACAUAUCUGAGGGAACCCACUCAACAGAGGAAGACAUCAACAAGCAGAUAAAUGACAAAGAGCGAGUGGCAGCUGCAAUGGAGAAUCCCAACUUAAGGGAAAUCGUGGAACAGUGUGUCCUUGAACCUGACUAAUAGGUGUCUUAAGAGCCAUUGAACUGCAGUCGUUUGAUAUAUUUGUUUAAAUUCUUUGUAAAAUGUAAAAGUCUCAUGUUUAUUACAUAGGUGAUUUGUACCUCAGAGUAUUUUUUAAAAGGAUGAUUUCCAAGCAGGACUUAAUUAUAAGGUAGUACCUAGUUUGUUCAGUGUCUAACAUUCUCAGGAUUUGUAACACUUAAAUGAUCAGACAGAAAAUAUUUUCUAGUUAUUAUGUGUAAGAUAAGUUGCUAUUUUUCUGAUGCCCAUUCUGAUACAACUGCUUUUCAUGUCAAAUAUUUACUUUGCCCAUAUGUAUUCAAUUUAAAUCAUUACUCUGUAAAAUAAAUAAAGAUGAUUCUUGUACAUA